AGCCUUAAAAUAAUCGAGUGCCUACUAUUCGAAACUGACGAUUUGAUUAUGCGAAAAAACGAGAAACAUGUGAUACUCUGUCUACUUGAGGUGGCGCGGCGAGGCGCAAAGUUUGGUAUGCUCGCGCCCAUGCUGGUGCAGAUGGAGCGGCAAAUCGAUCGAGAAAUCGCCGCCGACAACAAAGCAAACGGAAUUGGGUGUGGCACACAGACAGAUAAUGCUGAUGCGACUGGAACACAAACUGAGAUCGGCAUCAAUACCGACAGUGUCGCCACAGAGACCGAUAUGUUCGACACCGAUUCAGAAAAUGAGGAUGAUGACGAUGAUAGUCCCAUGCUUAUGUACGGUCCGCAACCACAAAUUAUCACCAACGAUCUAAAGAGCCUGGAUGAGAUGGUUCGAGAUUUGGUGGAGAAAUGCACAUGCCCGUCCCAAUUCCCAAUGGUGCGCGUGUCGGAGGGAAAGUACAGAAUUGGAGAUACAAAGGUGUUGAUCUUUGUGCGGAUUUUACGCUCCCACGUUAUGGUUCGUGUCGGCGGAGGUUGGGAUACUCUCGCACAUUACCUGGACAAGCAUGAUCCCUGUCGAUGUAAAGUACAGCAUCGUGCAUCUAUAGCUGCUCGUUUAGUACCACGCACCACCAAUCAAAGCAACGGCGGUAUAGAACUGCACAAAGCGCAAGUAAUCUACGAACGUUCACCGCCGUCUACACGAAAGAUAAUUUCCAACUUCAACAGUCAAGCUGCCGCCGUUGUGUCGGGACUCUCCCCAUCUAUCACUAGCAAUGUCACAAGCAAUUUAUCACCAAACUUUGGAAAUAGUAACAAGCAAAACAGUCGUAGUCCAACCCCCCAACGCAAGUUUUUGAAUCACCUCAAUGCCUCAAAUACACCAGACUGUACGAGCCAAUGUAAUAGCGGCGAGAAAUUUCUUCCAACCAAUGGCACAACUGGAAACUCAACCUUACUGAACUCACCAAAUUUCGUACGUCGUUCUAUGUCACCCAGUCCACGACGCUUGAUCGACGUGCGUAAGAAGCAAAACUCAUUGGAUUCGAAUAACAGCAGCGGGCCGAAGUCCUUACCUAUUUGCAACGAAGCCGUUGGUAAUCAUGUGCAAUUUGAUGGACUUACCUAUUCUGCUGGACCAACAGAAAAUAACACUUCACAAACGGGUAGCAGUAAUUCCGAUACCAACACUAACGGAAUGAGCAGCAAAUUCGAAAAUAUCAGCGACAAUGGCAGUGAGAUAAGUGAUGAGGGCUAUCGGAGUCUGGGCGUGAUACAAUCUAAUGCUCAAAAGCGCGAGUCCCUGCAUAGUCAAGCUUCAGUGGAAGACGCUGAAAGUAACGGGCGUCUUGAUCAAACUUCCAGUGAUUCACAACUUUCGCCAAUCGACGACGUGGCAAUUUCUAAGAAAGAAGAUGAUCUACUGGCAACAGACUAUCACAGACCCUCAUUAGAGCUCAAAAUAAAUGGCGGCCCGCAGUCGCUCCCAGCCGUUUUAGCCACAUUUCCACUAAAUUCUAUCGACAGCAACUUGGUAAAUAAUUUCGAACAAUCAGGAAUAUUCAUAACCGACGAUGAAAUCACUGUGGACGUCGCCAGCGCCACUGGGUUGCGAAAAACUGGGUUUUCCAAUAAAAUAUUCGGUGGCGAGGAGAAUGCAGAUACCAGCGUCCCAACUGCCAAUGAGUUAAAAGAUUCUGCAGACAAAAGCAGUAAAAUACCGCACUCACCCAUGGCACCGCGCCGCCGCAGCUUGGAUAACAGCAACUGUAGCAGCAGCAGCAUGCAGGACCUUUCUACGCGCACAGGCUUGCCUAUAUUCCAACGCAAACAGCCCGUUUACCAUUCAGUGCGUCGGCCGGCGAAUGAAAUAAACAGAAACAGGGACAAUGUAUCCACAUCUGUGGCUACUCGGAAAAACAUAACUCCGCCCGGGCGCGAGGUCACUAACACAUGGAGCGGCCGCGCUGGUGGGAAGAAACGACCAACUCUUAACGCCGACAUAUUUGCACCAAAAACUAGCACCGCUACACCGCCUGCAGUUAGCGCCUUCGAACGUAACACACGCACACGCUCCUCCCAGCUACUUUACGAUAGCAACGGACGUCGUGUACGUGGCUGCACAGCCUCACUCACCACUUCGCCCGUGAAGAGCUACGCUACAUCGCCGCUGGCACAACAGCUACUAGAAGCAGCCAGCAGCGCUAAAAACGAUGCUCAAAUUUUAGAAAAAAUGAAGGUAUUACUCUCGCGCUAUUCCACCAACUGCAAUAGCAACAAGGGAGCCGCGACAAGCGCGUAUGCGAACUCAAAAAAUGCCACCACGGCUACCUCCAGUAACGCAGCAAAGAAGACCGUAUACGAAGACUUCACAACUGCUUGGGUACAUAGUAAUGGCAAUCUAGAACGUUCCAGCAGUUGCUCGCCUCCUACAAAAACCCUGUCAAAACGCAACUCGGCCGCUUCGUCCACAGAGAGUACUCACUCCCGUGAAGUGUCGUCGGUCAUUGUUUCCCCACGUCGGGAACGCGGUUUGUCCAAGAUUCCAGCACCGACACGCCAACACACCGAGCUUUACUGACAUAGAAUGCAAGUGCCCAGCAGGGUGCGAUUACAGCAUAAGGUUAUACCGCUACAGCAACAAAAAAGACAAUUAUAAGGAGUUUUUAAACAGAAGCAAAAAAAAAUUAUUGACCGGGUCAAGGUAACCGGAACGACGACGAACGAAGCAUAAAUUCGAAAAAUUAGCGUAGUGGCUUUUCAAUGCAGCGGGUGUACCAGCUUCAAUGUCAGCAAGACUAACACAAUUUCUUUUCCUAGCCUAGAUUGCAUCCUCACAUUUGAAAGGUGGACAAUGAUCCGUAUAUUAACCAACUAUAUACACAAAAUAAGUUUUUAUAUUACCUAGUAAGUAAGUAGGUAGGUAUGUAUGAUAAAAAGUUAAACAAAUGCAUAUGUAUUUAUGUAUGCACGUCACAAUUGCUUAAAGUAGAACAAGGAUAUAUGUACAUACAUAACAGAAGUAUUGGGCGCGUUCAGAAGGCGCAACAGCUCAGUAAUUGCACC